CCAUUUUUAAAGUUGUGGGACGCCCACCCACAUUUUACCCCUGUUCGCAACUAUAGCCGUGCGUCCACACCUCCAUCACAACAGCCAUCACUGGUACUGGUGACAAAAAGAUACCGUACUGUAAAUACCCUGAUCCACGCGCCAUUGUUGAAGAGAGGGAAAAUGGCCAAGAGGGAGACGACGGAUAGUGAGCCAGGGGAUGAGAGGGUGACGAGGAGGUCGACUAGGUUGAAGACGACGAACGAGGAGCCGGUUGAUGAGAAGCUUGUGAAGGCGUCCAAGGCUGCGGUUAAGACGAAGGCAAUGGUUAAGAAGAGCCUGGUUAAAGAAGAGGAGAUUGAGGGCGGGAAGGAAGUAAAGACCAUCAUAACCCCACUAGAAAAAACAAAUGGAACUACCACCGCACUAGCAAGGGAGAAACAAUACUGGCUCCUAAAAGCCGAGCCCGAGUCCCGCCUCGAAAAGGGGCACGACGUCAAAUUCUCCAUUGAUGAUUUGGCUGCGAAGACUGAACCUGAGCCGUGGGAUGGAAUCCGCUCAUACGCUGCGCGAAACAACCUCCGCGCAAUGAAAAGGGGAGAUCUAGCAUUCUUCUACCACUCCAGCUGCAAAACCCCCGCUAUUGUUGGGGUUAUGGAGGUUGUGCAGGAGCAUUCUCCUGAUUUGACAGCACAAGACCCCAAAGCCGCAUACUACGACCCCAAAGACACCGACCCCUCCAACCCCCGCUGGAGCCUCGUCCACGUCUCCUUCCGCGAGAAAUUCACCAACCCCCUCACCCUGCACGGGCUAAAAGCCAUGCAAUCGACCAGCGCAGAGAUCAGUAACAUGCAACUCCUCAAGCAGAGCCGGUUGAGCGUCACCGGUGUCACAAAGGGGGAGUGGGAGUUUUUGAUGUCAGUUAUCAAGAAACCGGAGGAGAUGGAGGGAGAGGCGAAGGGGGAGAUGCAAUUUGGGUGUAUGUUGUAUAGAUGAUUUUUUUUUUGUCGGUUUUGGGAAGAGAGGGUGUGGAUGGGUGCUAGGUAUGCGUGGAGCGUGGUUUGUUACCUCUCAUCGUGGUGAGCAAGGAAGGAUAGCUGUUACCCCUUGUCGUUCGUGCGCGUUCCUGAGAUGUAUUAUUUGAAAACGAGAGAUCUAGAGAGAUACGUGGGAGGAAGGAGCACUGUUACAGUAAAUCAGGAGUCAAAACACUGAUGUGUUUGUCACUUCCAUCAAUCACCACAUCCAAAGAACCCGUUGCCAAUCAC